AUGCAGAACGUGCCGACUAUCCGUGACUUUAUCGUGGCCGGCGGCGCCGACCAAGCACCCGGCACGUACAUACCUGUGACGGAAGCCGACCUCGCCGCGACGCUGCACUUUGCCGCCGCCGACGAUCAAUCGGGGCCCAAUGUUGUUGCAGUGGCGGGCACGGCGGCGCACCACCGCUUCGCCUGGCCAUUGCUCAUCGUCGUACCCGAGGGAGACGUCGCGGGCAUGGCCAUCUACUUCUUCAACUACACGACGUGGAAGGCGGCACCGGGGGUCUGCCUAGAGGAGUUUUACGUCGCGCCGCGCUAUCGGCGCCGGGGGUACGGCAAGCUACUAAUUGAGGCCAUGGCGCGCGAGGCGCUCAAGGCGGGCUGCGUCAAGAUGGAGUGGCUGUGCCUCAAGGACAACGAGCGCGCGCUGGCCUUUUACGACAAGCUGGGCGCAGCGAGGAAGGACGAUUGGGUUGCGUUGCGGGUUGACGAGACGGGCAUUGCGAGACUGGCCGCUGGCGACGGGCCGGCUAUCAGCUGA